CACCAUCUUUGUUGGGGGCAGAUAAUCUGCCGGCCAGGAAGGCUUCCCGCUACUCACUUUCUCGGUAUCCCUCCACAGUCGCUAGCUAUGCUAGAAAAGUACGAGAAAGAGUUGGAGCCAGGGAGUGAACUUUUCGCCAGACUUUCCCCUUUCAGUCCUCCGUUGUCCCCUUGGUGACAGGCGGACACAGGAGAGCGCGCGUCGCGCCGGUGACGUAGCGGCCGGUUAUCCGCCAUCUUAGUUGUGGACAGAGAGGCAGCAAUCUCGCAGGAGCCGAGGCGGUGCGGCUGUCGAAAUGCUGAGCCUCGGCAGGCGUGGGCUCUGGCUGGGCCUGGCCACGGCGGCAGCGGCGGCGAUGGCCGCACGGCUGAUGGGCUGGUGGAGUCCCCGCGCUGACUUUCGCCUUUUCAUACCCGAGGAGCUAGCCCGCUAUCGCGGCCGCCCUGGGGACCCGGGCCUCUACUUGGCCUUGCUCGGACGCGUCUACGAUGUGUCCUCUGGCCGGAGGCACUACGAGCCUGGGGCCCACUAUAGCGGCUUCGCAGGCCGAGACGCAUCCAGAGCGUUUGUGACCGGGGACUACUCUGAAGGAGGCCUUGUGGAUGAUGUAUCUGACCUGUCAUUUUCUGAGAUGCUGACACUCCAAAGUUGGCUUUCAUUCUAUGAGAAGAAUUAUGAAUUCAUCGGGAGGGUGACAGGAAGGUUCUACGGAGAGGAUGGGCUACCUACUCCAGAACUGACCCAGGCAGAAGCCAUGAUCACCAAAGGCUUGGAGGCAAAUAAACAGGAACUGAAAGAGAAGCAGAAGUUUCCACCAUGCAAUGCUGAGUGGAGCUCAACCCGGGGCAGCCGGUUCUGGUGCUCCCAGAGGAGUGGAGGUGUGAGCAGAGACUGGAUUGGCGUCCCCAGGAAGCUGUUUAAGCCAGGUGCCAAGGAGCCCCACUGCGUGUGUGUGAGAACAACUGGCCCCCCUAGUGACCAGACGCCGGACAACCCUACACACAGAAAUCGUGGGGACUUGGACCACCCCAACUUGGAGGAAUACACAGGCUGCCCACCCCUAGCCAUCACAUGCUAUGUCCCCCUCUGAGCCGGUACCCUGUAUGUCCAUAACCCACAGGGAACCCUCACCUGCCUUUCCCUAAUGGGCCCUUGACUCCUGUGCCCUAGGAGGGCUCCUACGUGAAACAAGAGGGCCUGGAAGGACUGGGCCAUGCUCUGCAGACAGGACUCAUGCCCCUCCCCAUGGGCUCACCAUUUUGGUGACUGAGCCCAGUGCUUGGCAACCUGCCUAGUACUGGUCGGCCUGUUUUUGCCACUAUUCCACUAGAUCUCCUCACCAUCAUCCUUUGGAGUUCGCAGGUAUUAACGGGCACAAAUUUGACCAACUCAGAGCUAACUGGACAGACAUGCAGAAGGGCUCUGAGCUCCAACAGCUUCCUUUCCACGGACUCCCAGGCUGCCCAGAUCAGCUGCCGGCCUGGGCCCUGCUUGUAAGUCUCAUCCUGACCAGGACAUCGGGGCCUACGUCAUUCCCUUACAACUCAGAAACAAGCAGACACAUCCAGAAAAGCCAUACGAACUAACAGUGUCAACACAACCCUGUUCCGGUUCCCCACUUGCUAAUGUGAGCCCUGACUUUUACAACCUUUCUUAAAAGUAAGACCUCUGCCCUUAGGCAAACUUGAAUUUAUCAGUACAGCCAAAAGCCGCAUUGAGUUAAUUCGAGCUGGACCAAUAUAGUGAGAGGUGACAAUAAAACAGGAUAGGCUAGUUCUGGAAAUGGAAAAGUUUUUGCUUAUAGGGAUGCAGCAAAUCCAGAUAACUCUGAACAAAGCAACAAUUUAAAGCAAAGAUAUUGUUUCUCUUUAAACACUUAAAAUUAGGGGUGGUGUGUUUUCAAAGGGAGAAGUCUGCAUUUUUGAGCAAAAGGUAGUUUCACAGCUCUAACGCAGACACUGGCUAGCGCAACAUCAAAGUUUGGGCAAGGCUACAAAUGCCAAUACAAACAGCCUCAACAGUGGGUGGUGUGUCCAAGGUCAUCUGUAAUCUCCCACACUGGACCAAGUUCAUACCCGUUACCUCCUCGAUUCUAGUUAAGCUCAUGGGGGCAGAGUUCCUACCUUACAGGUAAGGAAACGAAUCUGAAGCGAUUACAGGUUCAUGGUCUCCCCAUCUGUGCCUUCACCUCAACUUCUCCCAGUCCCCUCAGCUGUUAAUCUAAACAUUCCCUGUCCUCCCUUUCUUGGUCUUUUUUCCUCUCCUUUAUCAUUAAUCUCACUUAAUAGCUUUCCAGAUUCACGGACUGGAAAACGGAGGCUGCCUGCCCUAACUGGUGUGGCUCACUGCCCUUCGGCCACAGCUGCUCUUCACGCCUGAAUCCUGCUCUCGGCUCCUUUUGCCAUCCAGGAUCUUCCUCACCGGCCUUUCCAGCACCUUUAACCUCUUCCUGCCUCCCGGCUCUUCCCUCUAAGUCUGCAUUCAACAGCUCACUUCCCUUCCCUCCUGCCCCAUUCUUCUGAGGCCCCGUAACUCCUUCCUGUCCCUACUUCCCACCCCAGCGAAGCUUUGGAGAAUGCUGCAUGUACUCAGGCUUUGCUCCUCAGCCCCCAUCUGCCUGCAACACAGUCGCCCAGCUUAGCCCUUCCCUGCGCCACAGCAGGAUAAAUUCUGUACUGGCAAACGCACGGCCACAUUCAAUUAUUACCUACCUGGACCUGUCCCACCUGAGGGCCCUCGUGAAAGCCUCCCUUGGCUUUUUCCCCAUUUCCCUUAUCUCCCUCGGGGGUCCCUUCCAGCCUCCUGGAAGCCUCUCCUCCACACGCCUUCCCACCAGCUCCUGUCGCUCCUGCGUCAGCUGCCAAGUCUGCAAUCUCGUCCAGGCGGCUUUCCUGACCAUUUCUGCAGGCACCAGAGUCUCCACAGUUCUGGCAUUUAGUCUUCAUCUUCUCCCUGGUGAUUCUUCCAGUGUCCCUGGAUGGUUCCACCAUCGCCAUCUCAAAGCACCCAGUCACACCAAGUAAGAAUCCUGGCCAUCAUCCCCAGCCCCUUCCCUCCUGAGCCCCUCCUCCUGACCAGUCUCCAGGUCCUAGCAAUCCCACCCCUUACCUGUUCAGUACUCCUCCUCUGGUUGAGGCCUUCCUUUCUCACCUGAUCUAACUGCACUCCCUCCAGCCCAUCCUCCACACUGCCAAGCCAUCCCCAUGAUGUUCGGGGCAUUCUCCGUUUAAACCUCUUCAGUGGCUCCCUUAUCUGUAAGGAUCAGGUGCUAACUCUUCAGCGGCACACGAGGCCCUUCUAGGGUCCGUCUCCUCUUAGCCUCUGCAUCUCUGCCACCACCUCCCACGUGCACUGAUCCCUCCAGCCUUCACCUCGCUGCUUUAUGCCUGCAACACCUUCACCCCGGCUGUCCCUUCUGCCUGGAAUGACAUGUCUUCUUCUCAAUUUUUCCACCUCUUAUCCCUUAAUAACGUAGCUCAAUCAACUGGGAGGCUUCAUGAACCACUGGCCCACCAGUGGAUUUAGACGCACUUUCCUCUAGGAAAAUAAUUCUGUGUUCACUUCUAAAAUAACAAAUGUCACAGUGUCCCGUAACUAUGAAUUUCCUAUCAGCCUCUCGCAUUGGACUGCAGACUCUCUUUGAGACAGGGACCAAGGAUCACUUGGCUUUGUACCCCCAUAUCCACCAUACCUAGGACACGAGAAGUGUGCAGAAUUAGCUCUCUUGCAGAUGAGGCAACCGAGGCCCAAAGAACUUAAUAAAGGCACAUAGCAAUGAAGCUGAGCCUAGAACUCAAGGUUCUUGUCCUGACUCAGUGCUAUCUUCGUGCCUCCAUGGCUUGGUAUGUCUCCGCCCUCCCUGGAGCAGGAGCAAACAGUAAGGAGGCGAACUUAAGUGAGGACCUUAUUCUGAGUUCCACACAGCCCUUGAGCUCAGUGCCUGAGGCACCCCUGCUGACUCAACCCCAGGCUAACUGAGAACUAGUCACUGCCACUGCUCUCCUUAGUCCUUAGUUAUUCGACAGAUAUUUACCAAGCAUCUGUGUGCCAUGGGGUUGGGCUGGGGGGAAGUGAGGCUCCUGACCUCAAGGAGCUUGUAGUAUGGCCAAGUAAAGCCCUGGUUAGAGCAGCCAGAGGCCACUCCUGGGGUAGGAAUGCAGGGAUAGCGUGGAGGCCAGGUCCAGAGAUGUUUAGAUCCUUCCAAAACAAACUGAUAAGGAAAAAGAGCAAAACAAGGCACUUAAGAGUCAUCCCAGCGAAGUACAGACCUGAACUCUGGCUGAUGCAACACCCCUGAGCCCACAUUUCAGGACACACUCAUCCAGCCUCUGCGGGCUGCUCACUUCCUUGCUCAAUGAGCACUCGUUUCCUUUUCGAUGCCGACCACUUACUUUAUAGGAAACAGCCUCCUCACACCAGGGCAGUGGAUGAGUCUUCAAGGGAUUCGCCAAGAGUAGGUUGUCAUGUUAAUGAUCCAGAAGGCUCAGCCAUGAGAAGCUAGUGGCUACUGGAGAAAUGCCUCUCCUUCCUCUCUCCUGGGCAAGACUAUGGAGGAGGAAGGUAGUCCCUCCGUGAUGCAAGCCACAGAAAGUUCAGCUCGGGCAGUUAAGACCUGCUGACAGAGGGAAGUGGAGAAGGAAACUAAUACAUGUUGGGCAAACAUGCUGAGCAGGGAGGGAGCUUUGUCUGUUCUCACUGAACCUCGAUGCCAGCCUUGAGAGGGUCUUCUUAUGGUCCAGAAAAGGGGCAUAAAUUCUCCCACCCCACAUCUAAUGGUUACAACAGUCAUUGCACGGCAGGGCUGAGUUUUUUGUGUUUUUUUGUUUGUUUUACAUCUUUAUUGGAGUAUAAUUGCUUUACAAUGGUGUGUUAGUUUCUGCUUUAUAACAAAGUGAAUAGAGCUGAGCUUCUUACCCAGGUCUGCUCUCUCUGCCACACCAUGAGCAGUGUUAAAGCAAGGGCUGGGCAGCUGCCUUCCAACAUGCUGGAGGAAAUUGUAACGUCUGCCUUUUAAUCCUGAGAUUCCAGUUUUUCCAGAAACACAGAACUAAGAGGGAAGAGCCCAGAAUUUUUUGGCCACAGCUCAGUCCCUUUAACUUGCAAAGGGACCCGUAUCAGACCAUUGCCGCCAUCCCUAGCUUGCUCAGCUCCAGGACAAACUGUGAUCUGAAAGAUAGACGCUACGGACAGGUUAGGGAUAUCUGUUCAGAAAUCUGUGGAAAUCUGAAUUUCCAUCCUCGAAAGCACUUCCUAUUCCCUGGGCCCCCAGAUUCCUGCAAAUAGGCAGCAGACAUUGCUCCCAUCAGUCCACACUGGAGGGGACCCUCGCUGUGCACACCAGAAUUCGUGUACUUGCAUGAGAGGAAGGACAUAUGACCUAAUACUGAUCGCCUUCCUCAGGGCAACCCUGUGAGCUAGGACGAACCGUGCUCACUUCUGUUUUACAGACAUAAAAAUGAAGGCACAGAAAUUAUGAAACAUGCCGGUUUGUACUCACAUAUUAUGACAAAAUAUGACCAGUGUUCUCCUCAGGGACGGCUAUUAGGAUUACUUGGGAUUGUUACGUGGAAGCCCCCAACAGUGCCUAUUAACCCUGAGUAAAGCCACCAGAGAAUGCGAUUUAUCAAUCACCAUAGCUGGUCCGAACCAGGAGUGAGCAAAAUGGAAAACAGGUAAGGGAAAGGAGAACACUAGUUCAAGAAAGUGUGAUGGUGAGGUGAGCUACUAGAUUCAUGCAGUUUGUAUGAGGGAAUUAUGGAUCACUAGAUUUUAACUUGCAAACCCCUAAACUUUCCUUAGUUUUCUCUGAAACCCACAGCACCAGUCCUCCCUUCAGACCAAGGCCAGCAGAAACCUCACCAUGGGGGGAUCUUCUCGAGUUGCUCCUAAAUAAUGGAGUCAGGGAGGGAAUUUCCAGGGUCCACGGGAGAGCUGCAGUGGGGUCAGGUGGCUGAGCCUGGGCAGCUGUGGUCACAGACGUCACCAUGAGCUAAAGUCUGGGCCAAGAGCACAGGACAUCCAGGCAGCUGGUCAUUAUGCCUAAAACAGCUACCUUCUCACUGCUGUCAACCAUGUGUUUCUGAAAAGUGUUGGAAAUUCAGAUUUUCCUAGAGGGUAGCUGUUAAAGAAAUGUAUUCAUAUGUCAGGAGUGUUAAAAUUUUUGUGUUUGUUUUUAAUGCUUACAGGGCUUCCCUGGUGGCACAGUGGUUAAGAAUCCGCCUGCCAAUGCAGGGGACCCGGGUUCGAGCCCUGGUCUGGGAAGAUCCCACAUGCCACGGAGCAACUAAGCCUGUGCGCCACAACUGCUGAGCCUGUGCUCUAGAGCCUGUGAGCCACAACUACUGAGACCAUGUGCUGCAACUACUGAAGCCUGCGUGCCUAGGGCCUGUGCUCUGCAACAAGAGAAGCCACAGCAAUGAGAAGCAAGCACCGCAACGAAGAGUAGCCCCUGCUCUCCACAACUAGAGAAAGCCUGUGCACAGCAAUGAAGACCCAACCCAGCCAAAAAUAAAUAAAUAAAUUUUUUAAAAAAAGGAACUACAAAUGUGUUAUUAAGGUUUCCACUUUAAAUGUACAAUUUUACCUCAUUUUAUUUAUAUGGAAAUAUUACAGAAAAUGCAAAUAUCAAUAUUUGAAAAAUACAUUCCAUUACACGGACUCCAAAGAAACAAUGCUGCUAAGCGCCAUGGUCCUAUAUGAUGCUCUCGCCCCACACUGAGCACCACCCGGAAUGGCUUGGAAGCCAAGGUGAUCAACCCAAAUGUGUGCCUGCAGUUUUGGCCCAGCCCUCCCCCUUGGUAUAGCACACAGGUAUGUCAUGGUAACAGCCAACUCCACACAUGUGCCAAAAAAGGACAUUAAGUCAUUAAGCUGAACAGGCUGCCAACUCAAGACUCCCUAGCUACAGAAAACCAAUGUUGUCGGUUGUAACAGGUUAAUAUAUUACUUAUGCCACACAAAAAAGUAACAGUACAGGCAAUGAUCUUCCAAAGAAAAUCUUUAAGGCAUCUAUGAUGACUUCUGGAAAUUUAAUAAGUGUUUAGUCAAAUAAUCAGCUCUUCACUAAAUUACUUCCGCAAAAUGAGAAUGUGGCUUCCAAACGCUUUAGAAAGUUAUUUGUCCUCAGCUUCCUCCUCUCCCCAGAGGGGCUGGGGAGCUUUGGUGCUUCAGAUUAGGAGGGGCUGGUCUUGCCAGCCCCAUGCCCAGUUCUCCUGGGCCUGGGCCCGAGGGAAGCAGUCCCAGGUCCUGGAAGAAAGCUUGUUUCAGGAGCUCUCUCUCAGUCUCAACCUGCAAGCUCCACGCGGGGCUGUCAUGGAAGCGUUACAUUUACUUGCUCAUGCUACUGUCACCUGGGGAGUUAGUUUGCCUUUCAGAUCUAAGCAUUACAUAGUUCAAUAGGGGUUUUUCUCCAGAUUAAAAAGAAACCUAGAUGGAGAUCAAGGUUUUCCCCUGUCCCAAGGCUUUUCCUCCACUUCAUGCCUACAGAUAAGAUUAGCACAAUACCGUUCAAUACAACAAGUGGGAGACAUGAACCGGGAGUGGUGGUGAACCCACAAGCACGCUGAGUUCCAUGCAGGGACCCCAUUCAGGGAGAGGAGAGAGGAAAGCUGAACAGGGCGGUCACAAAUAACUCAGGGCUCUGAGGUAGAGGACUAGUGGUCACGUGGACCCCACUCCUGGAGAGAAUAUGGCAGGUGAACUGAACAAUCUAAUCCAGCCUCGACUAAGUUGGUAACUAGGGUUGACAAUGCACAGGCAACAAACUCCAAACAGAACACAUAUUCUAAUACAUCAUUCAGUGAGACACCACUAAAAGAUAACUGAAAGUUAAUAAGUCCUAAGUGUAGGCACUUAAGUUUGUGGGAAAUUCCUGUGUUCGAGGAUCAUAGCAAGUUAGUUUUAGCCAUUCCAUUUAUAUAUAUAGCACAUGGUUUGUACCUUCAUCUUUAAAAAAAAAAAGAAA